UUGUGCUGUGCUACAGGCUACAGCCCUAGGUGUUUGAAUUGUAAAGGCAGCCAUAGCCAAGAAACUCACCUGACCUCCCCCAUCGUGAUUCAUCUCAGCUCACUCUUCCUUGGCAUCAUCGUCAAAACUGUGUGAUCGUGAUCGUGAUCGUGAUUGAUUCGGAAUGUUGCAAAGAUGGAGGAAAGCAAUCACUCCAAUCUCCAUCUUCAGAUCUCACACUGGUACAAAAUUUGCCAACGCCGGCACGCGCCACACCUACGCCAAGGUUGCAGCUGCGCCAUUACCGACCAUAGACGAUGACAAACCUCAACAACCCCUGGUUAACCUAGAUAAAAUGUUUUGGUCUAAGCCCUGUUCGCUUGCGCUGCCUCGCGAUUCGCUGAUGAGGGUUGAGGAACCGGAUUAUCAGGGCAUCAAGCGGUUUUUUCUCAGACUUAUGCUGUUUUAUAGUAAGCAAAGCAGGUCGAUUCGAGGGGCUAAUGUUGUGUAUCAAAGGAUUAUCUCGCAAGUUGAUAAACCUCCCAUUUAUGAAGCGUUUAACCUGGAGAAAACAUUCAAAACGACAUACUCUUUACUUAUUCUACAUAUGUGGUUAUGCUUGCGUCGCUUAAAGCAAGAGGGAAACGAGGGUGUUGAAUUUGGGCAGUACCUUUAUGAGAUUUACAAUCAUGAUGUGGAGCUAAGAGUGUCCAAAGCUGGAGUUAACCUACUAUUGGCUAAGUGGAUGAAGGAUCUCGAGAAGAUCUUUUAUGGGAACAUUGUUGCUUAUGAUACUGCCCUGCUUCCGGAAGCUAAACCAGUUGAUUUCUCAAAUGUUAUUUGGAGGAAUAUAUUCUCUGAUGAUGGUUCUUCAACACCAGAUGCUGCUGCAUCUAAAUCAGUGCAUGCAAUGGCCAGGUAUGCUCGCCGCGAAGUAAGUUGCAUGACUUUAACAGAUAAAGAAGCACUAUAUUCAGGGAAUUUCAUGUUUACCUCUUUGAAGAAAGAGAUCAGAAGCGGAGCAGAGAGUGAAUGAUUAGUAAUGAUUUCUAAAUUCAGGAUGAAGUAAAUUGCAAAUACACGCCGUUCUUUCUUUCGUUACAAAAAAAUUGUUCAAUAAUUAUGAUAACAGGUUGUGUCUUCCAUUACGCUUUAUGCUUGCUUAGCUUAGUGUAUGAGAAACUAGAAUCUUCAUACCUUUAAAACAAGAAAAGAAAAGCGCACAAGUGAAUGAAAAAUAUUGUCACUUCUCUUUCUUAUCCUUA